AUGAUAGCAAAGGUUUUCCUUCUUGCGCUCCUGGUCGCCGUCGCCAGUUCCACACCCGUGUCCCAGGACACGAGCAUGGUCGGAUACGGUGAAGCCGUUGGCAUGUUCCUUCAGGCCUGGAAGAAGAUCAUGCCUUGUGGCUUUCCUGCCGAGAAUAUUCCAGUAUUGGCUCCGUAUACCCUAGACUUCGACUGGUUCCAAUACCUCUAUGAGCCGACUAAAGUUUUGGGUAAUGUGAGCGACAUCCGCAUUUCGGGUCUGGACGGUUUCCAGAUAAUGAGUAGCAGUUACAAUGCCAGCACGAUGCGACGCACCUUUUGA